AUGGCUGCUGAUGGAAGCAAUGGCGGGCCGCAGAAGAUUGAGACCCGGCUCUACAUAAACGGCAAGGCAAGUCCCUCGUCCUUCCCCCGCCAGCCGUGGCCAUCUUCUUCCACCAGCCAUACACUAACGCCCCUGGCCGUCCAGUUCGUCGAGUCCUCCGAUAAAAAGACAUUCAAGCUCUUCUCGCCCUCGACUCGCGAGCACGUCGCCGAUGUCUUCGAAGCCACCACCGCCGACACCAACGCCGCCGUCGCCGCCGCCAAAGCAGCCCAGCCCUCCUGGGCCGCCCUCUCCCCAACAGAGCGCGGCGUCCCGAUGAAGAAACUCGCAGCGCUGCUGCGGACAAACGAGUCGCAGACGCGCAUGGCGGCGCUCGAGGCUUCGAGCAUGGGGCGGCCGCUGGGCGCGUACUUCGACGCGGAGCACUGCGCGGGCAGCUUCGAGGCGUUCGCGGCGCACGGGUGGGGCGCGCAGGCGCAGGGGGCGACGAGCGUGCGCACGCCGGGCAUGCUGGCCAUGACGCUGCGGCAGCCGUUUGGCGUGGCGGCCGCCAUCAUCCCGUGGAACGGGCCGGCCGUGUUUUUCGGGUCCAAGGUCGCGCCCAUGGUGGCGGCGGGGAAUGCGGUGGUUUUGAAGAGCAGCGAGAAGGCGCCGUUGACGUCGGCCUACAUCGCCGGGCUCAUCGACCAAGCCGGGUUCCCGCCCGGGGUCAUCAACGUCCUGCACGGCCACGGCCAGACGUCCGGCGCGACGCUGUCCUCGCACAUGGACGUACGCGUGCUGUCCUUCACCGGAUCCGGCCGCACGGGCAGGCUCAUCUGCGAGGCGGCGGCGCGGUCGAACCUCAAGAACGUGCACCUCGAGCUGGGCGGCAAGUCGCCCGCCAUCAUCUUCGACGACGCCGACCUCGACCGCGCCGCCGCCGACACGCAGUUCAGCAUGACGCUGAACUCGGGCCAGAUCUGCAUGGCCAACAGCCGCAUCCUCGUGCACGAGGCCGUCGCCGCCGACUUCCAGGCCCGCUUCCGCGACCGCUACGCCGCCGUGCGCGUCGGCAGGGCCGACGACGACGCCGUGCAGAUGGGCCCGCUGGCCGACGCCGCCCAGUACGAGUCCGUCACCAGCUACAUCCAGCUGGCCAAGGACGCCGGCGCCACCAUGCUGCUGGGCGGCGACGCAUCAGUGAAUAAAGAGGGCGGCGGCUUCUUCGUCGGCCCGCACAUCUUCACCGACCUGCCCGACGACUCGCGCCCCGCCCGCGAGGAGAUCUUCGGCCCCGUCGUCAUCAUCGGCGUCUUCAAGACCGAGGAGGAGGCCGUCCGCCGCGCAAACGACACCGAGUACGGCCUAUACGCGUCCGUCUACACAAAGGACAUCAGCCGCGCCAUCCGCAUGGCCCAGGCCCUCGAGAGCGGCACCGUCGGCGUCAACUGUAGCAGCCCGACCCUCGUCGACGACAUGCCCUUUGGCGGCUACAAGGCGAGCGGUCUCGGCAGGGAAGGGCUGACCCACAGCCUGGGGAACUUCUUGGAGGAGAAGACGGUGCUGAUUAGGCUUUGA